AAGUCAUCAACCCUAAAACCAAAACCAUAAAUAGAACAAAGAACCAACAUACCUCCAACCCACUUCUAGAAUUCAAUAUCAAAAUAGUUGAAUGCACAAAUUUGACUUUUUUCAACCCUACUCUGAAAACAUUUUUUUUUUAAUUUUUUGCUUGUUAGAGCUAGACCCGACCCGACGUCAUUUACCAAGCCCAAGUUUGAAAUGGGUCCCUCCAUUGCUAUCUCUCAAAGCCCCUCUAAAACCCUCAUCUCCCUCUCUAAUUGAAGGGUUUCAUUGUGUGUAGAACGGAGAAGAAGCUCUGAGGGUUUUACACAUUUCCAAAAUCCAUAGCUGUACAUGCAUGCUGCUUACAAGAUUUCCUCGUGACCAACUUGCAUCUUGCUCCUUCUUCAUUGUCCAUUUGUUGUAUCAGAAUAGCAGGAGCCACCAUAAUAUAGGUUUAGUUGCUCUGUGGUUUAGCAACAAAAGAAACUUAUGCACAUGGAAUUUUUCAGAACUGAGAAGCUAUCACAGCCAGAAAAUUUCAGAACCAAGAAAUAGAAGGCUUACUUCCAAUAGUCAUUUUUGUAAUCAUUCCUCUAGGAAAGUUCCGGUCCGUUUUGGUCAUUCUCCCAAAGUGUUAUCUGGUGAGACUUAUUCUGUUCUUCAAUCAAGUGGUUUUCAGCACUGGUUCAAGAACUGGCAAGAACAGAGAAAGCAUAAACUGACAGCAAGCACUUUUGGUGGGGCUGUUGGUUUUUGGCCUCGCCGCAGAGUCCAGCUUUGGUUAGAAAAGUUAGGGGCAAUUAAGCCAUUCAGCGGCAAUCUGGCUACCUGUUGGAGCAACAUUAAAGAAGAGGAAGCACUUGAAAGAUACAAGCUGAUAACAGGAAAUACUGUCUUGUUUCCUGAAUUUCAGGUCUAUGGUAAAAAGAAUCCAGAAGACAAUUGGCUCGCAGCUUCCCCAGAUGGGGUAGUUGAGAGGCUUGUCUAUGGAUUGCAUUCCCGAGGAGUGCUGGAGAUAAAGUGUCCAUUUUUUAAUGGAGAUAAGAGCAUAGCUUCACCUUGGUCUCGAGUCCCCCUUUAUUGUAUUCCCCAAGCUCAGGGUUUAAUGGAGAUAAUGGAUCGGGAUUGGAUGGAUUUCUAUGUUUGGACUCUUAAUGGAAGCAGUUUAUUCAGGCUAUACCGGGAUGUAGAAUAUUGGGAUGUUCUAAAAAUAGCAUUAUCUGACUUCUGGUUUAAGCAUGUUCAACCAGCGAGAGAAUUGUGCAGUGAACAUGUGAUUACUAAUCCUCUCAUUGAAUUGCGAUCACUCAAGCCAGAGCCGAGACAUGAAUUAUGUAGGUACAUUGUUUAUGAAAGCAAACGCAUUGUUGAUAACUCCAAGUAAUUGAUGCGAGAAAUUCAUGGGAAAUUGCAAAACUGAUGCAUACAUUCGUUGAGUUUGGUUUGAUUAGAAGGGGGUAUCCAGAAUUCAGAUAGGGGAAGGCUGUAGAGGAGAAACCCAAUGUAGAAACUUUGAGCUUUUAAAUCUGCGGUCUGAAGCGAAAUGGAAUUUGUACCUGAGUAAUUGAGUACCAUUGUUGAGUAAGUAAAUGUUAAAUCAUUGGAACUGUUGCUUGUUUGAGUUACAAAGACAAUAUAUAUAUUGCCAGAGCAGGGAUAAAUCGUGAUGUUGCAGGAGAGAAUGCCAAAAUACAGUCCAUAACAUGGGUUAUAAGAGGAUGGAAUGCCUUUUCCUCCCUCUAUAGGUUCUUAAAUUUAUGUAACAGCUUCUCCUUCCCAAUGGAAGUUAUUACACACAAGGGAGCUUUAAAUCUAUGAUCUUAUUGGCUGGACUCCAGGAGCUGAGUUCUUGAUUAAUGUCAGGACUUUGCAGACAUAUUGUGCAUUUUCCGAGCAGCUAGCUCCUUCUUGGAAGCUGAGGAGAGAACUUGACAUGGUAGAGGUCUGUCUGAUUAUUGAGAAUUGGAUACAAGUCCACACCCAGGGUCCCAUCUUUGGAAUUAUCAUGAAUUAUGCUUCACUGGCCAUGGAGUUCAUAGUUUCCUACGCACAACUGUGGCAACAAUCAAAAGCUUGGAUUGGGCUUAACUGGUUGAUGGGGUUCAUGGUUUUCUAUUCACGGCUCUGGGCUAAUCAAAAGCUUCUACCACUGCUGUUUUAAGGCAGUUCUGGUUACUUGUGGUGCCAAAUUGGAUGGUCCAGCUGAAAUUUUUCAAAAUUUUUGAAUGACUACCGGCUGUAGUAGGCUGUGCAUCAUUGUCAUUAUAGGGAGAAAAAAAUCCCACGAGGUUCAUGAGAUGGGCCCCUAAAUUCGCUAUCAUCCAGUAUUGAUCAGUUCUUUGAAUUGACUUUGUAGAUUGAAGAGUAAAUUGGGCUUCUCUGGUUGAUGGAGUUCACACAGCCGUGGAGCUAUUACAACUGCUGCUAGACAUCAUUCUGGUUGCUUGUGGUGCCAAAUGGGUUAUAACUCCAUCUAGCUUUUGAAAACUGUCCACUUAUUUGAUAGAUGAAUUGCAUUUUGUUCUGCUCCCCUGUAAUCCCGAACAGCUGUUUCAUGUGCAAAGUGGAUGAAAAUUUGACUGAUCACAUCUUCCUUUAAUGCCCAAACGCAAGCAUUCUAAGGCAGCAAAUUUUUUGGUGGGUUAAUUUCAUAAAGGCCCCCCGAGGUUUGGUGUAAAUACACCCAACCACUAUUGAUUUCAAAUUUCCUCGAUUAGCACC